UUGUAGUACAAGGCUCAAACUUUAUGAGUAUAAAAAGGUGGUUGUGGGGCUUUAGAGUCAUAGUGUUUGGUGAGACUUUACUUACUUAGAGAUAAGGGAAAAGAGAUGGGAAGACAACCUUGUUGUGACAAGCUUGGGGUGAAGAAAGGGCCAUGGACUUCUGAGGAAGACAAAAAGCUCAUCAAUUUCAUCAUCACUAAUGGCCAAUGUUGUUGGCGAGCCCUCCCUAAGCUCGCGGGCCUUCGAAGAUGUGGCAAGAGUUGUAGGCUUCGAUGGACCAACUAUCUUCGCCCUGACCUUAAACGAGGCCUCCUUAGCCAAGCCGAAGAACAACUUGUUAUUGACCUCCAUUCUCGUCUAGGCAACAGAUGGUCGAAGAUUGCUGCAAGAUUACCAGGAAGGACAGAUAACGAGAUCAAGAAUCAUUGGAAUACCCAUAUUAAGAAGAAACUUCUUAAGAUGGGUAUUGAUCCCAUUACCCACGAACCAAUAAUUGGGAAAGAAGAUCAAGGACUACCUAAUGAUCAUGACCACAUGAUUAAUUCAGGAGAAGCUAAACGGGUCGCCGUGAUCUCUGCCUCGGACGAGAUCAACUCAUGCUCACCACCCGAUCAUGUUGGUUCUGGUUCUGGCACGGAUGAAUCGUCGCAUCAUGAUUUGACCGACGUUCAUGAUCCACUAAUGAGUUGUUUGUCGGCGUUAGAGAAUGAUCCAACGUCAUCAUGGGACUUAUUCCUAGUAGGUCAUGAUGAAGAUGGUUCAACCAAAAAUAAUACCAACAUGAAUGUAUUACCAAUUUGGGACGAAAGUUUUCCUUUGCUAUCGGAUUGCGAAGAUUUUGGAGUCCAUGAUUUCGGGAUUGACUUCUUCAACAAUAUUGAUGGAAAUAUGAUAGAGUCGUGGAACCAUCUAUGAUCUUUCGAUAAUUGUUAGAAAG